AUGAUUUCGCUUUUUUGCCGACUUUGCUUGUCGUUGCAUUUACUGGACAGCACUUUCACUUUACCCACUGUUCUGUUGAGUCAGACGUUUGUCUGUUUGUUAAUUUUGCCACUGAAAACCGUUUGCUUGCGGUCAUUGCGAUUAGUGAUGUCGGCGUCGCCGUCUCAACGAAAAACUCUGAGCAUUUCUGAGCAGUCGGAGCUCAUCGACGAUGUCAAAGUGAAGAAACUCAAACUGGCCGCUGCAGCCAAAAAGUACAGAAUCGGUUAUUCAACAGCAGCAAAAAUUCUCAAGAAAGAAGACGAUCUCAGAUCUUGCAUGCAAAUGAACGGAAACACUAAUCGCAAACGAAAGCGCCAAUCCGUGCACAAGGACGUUAACGAAGCGCUUACACAAUGGUUUACGCAAGCAUGUGCUCAUGGAGCUACCGUCAUUGAUCACGUCAUCAGGCAGAAAGCAUCACAACUGGCCAUAAAUCUUGAAGUUGAUUUUGAACCGAGCAAUGGCUGGCUCAUGCGCUGGAAGCAGGCCAAUAACGUUUCGUUCAAAAAAAUUCACGGCGAAUCAACGAACGGGUGA